AUGGCGGUGCUAGGUGGAAGAGAGAGAAAGAGAGGGAGAGUACUUGUAAAGAGAUUGAUAAAAGAAGAAGUAAUUUGUGAGUACAUCAACAACAACAUGAUCCUCAUUAACAAUUUACGUGAACAAAACUACCAACUGAUCCAUGGUGGCUCGAUUCCCGAUCAUGCAGUGAUCAACCGCGAUCGAGAAACUGCGCAUCAGAAUUUGGUUAUAGAUUACUUUGCAGAUAAUCCACGUUUUGGAGAAGAUAUGUUUCGUCGUCGACAUCAGAUGUCAAGAAGUUUGUUCCUUCGUAUUGUUGAUGCAGUGAAAGAUCAUGACUAUUACUUCCAACAACGAAGUGAUGGACUUGGUAGAAUUAGAUUAUCACCGUUACAGAAAGUAACAGCUGUUUUUUGCAUGUUGGCAUACGGUCUACCAGCUGAUGCUACGGACGAAUACGUUAAAAUAGGUGAGUCAACAGCAAUUGAAAGUAUGACAAAAUUUUAUCGUGCUAUGGUGAAAAUAUUCGUAGAACGGUAUCUACGAACACCUAACGCUAACGAUAUUGCUAGGCUACUCUAUAUUGGUAAAAAACAUGAUUUUCCAGGAAUGUUAGGAAGUCUUGAUUGUAUGCAUUGGAAAUAG